GUGCUCACGACGAGCACAACACAGCAGUCGGUUGAGUCGGUCAGUGCGGUCUGGGAAAAGUCGUACAAAUCAACUUGUUUAUCAAACUCAAUUUUGCAUAUAUCUUUUGAUUGUAAUUUCAUUGUUAACAGGAAUUUCUAGUAUUAAUUCAAGAACUGUGUGAAACGGUGAUAAGGAAAUUUUACAAAACCAUUUCGACUGCCACAAAGUUACUUAAAAAUUAUUUAAAAUGAAGUUAGUAAUCCUGGAUACAGCUGACUCCGUAGGCGUCUGGGCGGCCAAAUAUGUUAUGAAGCGCAUAAAUGAUUUCAAACCCGGUCCAAAUAAAUACUUCGUAUUGGGUCUACCCACUGGCAGCACACCUCUCGGCAUGUAUAAGAAACUCAUUGAAUAUCACAAAGCCGGAAAAGUGUCAUUCGAGUUUGUGAAGACAUUCAAUAUGGACGAAUAUGUAGGCAUACCACGCGAUCACCCCGAAAGCUAUCACUACUUCAUGUGGAACAAUUUCUUCAAACACAUCAAUAUCGACCCGAAAAAUGCGCACAUUUUGGAUGGCAAUGCCAAGGAUUUACUCGCCGAAUGCCAACAAUUCGAGGCGAUGAUCAAAGAGGCGGGUGGAGUGGAACUCUUCAUCGGUGGUAUUGGCCCAGACGGGCAUAUAGCCUUCAAUGAGCCCGGCAGCUCGUUGGUGUCACGUACACGUGUGAAAACGCUGGCACAAGACACACUCGAGGCGAAUGCACGUUUCUUCGAUAACGAUAUGAGUAAAGUGCCCAAACAAGCUCUGACGGUGGGUGUGGGUACUGUAAUGGACGCCAAAGAGGUGAUGAUCCUAAUUACAGGUGCGCACAAGGCCUUCGCUUUGUACAAGGCAAUCGAGGAGGGUGUUAAUCAUAUGUGGACCGUCAGUGCCUUCCAACAGCAUCCCAAUACGUUGAUGCUGUGCGAUGAGGAUGCAACAUUGGAGUUGCGCGUCAAGACGGUGAAAUAUUUUAAGGGCAUACUCCGAGAUGUACAUGAGAAAAUGAUCGGAGAGGAAGCUGAUUUCAAAUUAGAGUGAAUUGAUCCACCUUAAAUUCAUUAGCCAUGCUCGAAAUGUAUGUUUGGAUAUUGAAAAAUGUUUAGAUAUUUUAUAUGGGUCUUAUGGAACUGCACGGCCAGAUGGUGGCCGGUGUUUAAUUUGAUCAGAGCUCAGUGAAGAUUUUAAAUGCAUUUUGGAUACAAUUCAACUCAGAGAAUAAAUAAUUAGAUAGUUUACAAACAUACAUACACAAAA